AUGUCAUCCAAUGUAUGGCCAAGAACAGAGCCAAAACGACAACGAAUAAUGGUUAUUAUCGGCGAUGAUAGUAUCAUUGAUCAAAUUGAAAACAACAACAAUGUAUCAUUAUUAAAACAAAUUAUUCUUCCGUCCGAUGGUAAUAUUAGUGAAAGGGUUGAUAAACAGAGCAAGGUACAACCAAAAAAUACGAAGAAUAAACCUAAAGAUAGUUCUUUGGUUUGUGUCGUUUGUGGAUCAUCAGCACAUGGAUACAAUUUUGGUGCAAUUGCAUGUGAAAGUUGUAAGGCUUUCUUUCGUCGUAAUGCUCGAAAAGAUCCUGUAAGUUUCAGAAAAUAUUACAUCAUAUUUGUGAUGUUUAGAUGAAAAAAUGUUGUUCGAAUCAAAUCUAUUUUUCCGUCAUCAUAAAUCUCAAUAGAAUUUCUAUCAUCUCUCAUAAAUGUAACGAGAGUUCGAUCAGUCGAUCGAAGCUACUAUUCUUUUUUUUGUCAAAAAAAAACACAGAGGAAAAAGUCGAUGGUAUCCGUAAGUCAAUUCGUGGGAUUAAAACGUUUAAGAAUCCUCUGCAUUUGAAAAGCGACAAGUAUGAUAUAUAUGAAAUGUUCAA